AUGAAUUCAUAUCGUCUAGUCAAACCAUAUUCAUUUUUGCUAUCGAUUAUUCGAUAUAAUCAUCGUACUGCUCCCUAUCCAGAUAUUACACAUCCUGAACAAACAAUUCGUAUACCUGAAACUAACGAAGAAAAAUUUGCAUUACCAUUAGAACGACCACGUUUUAUUGAUGAAUAUUCAUUGACGGGACCGCCUCUUGGGCGUAUUUACGAAAAAAUUCCAUUUAAAUAUCGUGUUGAAAAGGGCCGAGCCUAUUCAUAUUGUUCAUGUGGUUGGGCAAAUACACAACCGUUUUGCGAUGGAAUGUGUAAACGUGUAUGGGGAAAUCAUGAUGUACGAUUAAAUCCGAAAUUUCGACCCAUAAAAUAUAUUGCUGAAGAAACAAAAGAUGUUUGGUGGUGUAAUUGUAAGCAAUCGAAAAAAAGACCUUUUUGUGAUGGAACACAUAAAUCAGAUUCUGUACAAAAACAACCAGCAGUUAAAAAUUAA